GGUAGAUUUGGAUAAAAACCGGGUCCGCGUCAGACUAUUCCUCCCAGAACUGUCGAUGGACAGUGACUACUUCCUCCAGGGACAAAUCCUCCUGCUGCCGAUCCAAGGACACGGACACAGCUCAGGCAACUACUCCAACAUUGAGGCCACCGCCACCAUGACCGGCCAGAGGGUUAUCCGCGACGGCCGCGAGUACAUGGACGUCAAGGAGUUCCUCGUCGACUUUCAGAUCGGCCACGCCAGUGUUCACCUAGACAACCUCUUUGACGGAGACAAGGAGCUUGGUGAAAUCAUGAACAAAUUUCUCAAUGAGAACUGGAGAACUGUGGCGAAAGAGGUGCAGCCCAUCCUAGAAGACACGAUUGGCGAGCUCUUCAAAACAUUCGCUAACAAGAUAUACCACAUGUACCCACUGGAUGUCCUCAUUCCGGAAUAAGGUGUUUCAGCAAUGACAUAAACUUUUGUAAAUAAGUGUGAAUAAGUGUUCUCACACCGCGGUUAUGUAAAUAAGUGUUAUGUAAUAAAUUUUUAUUAGUUCUGACUUUUUUAAAAAACAACAA